UUGUUUCGUUCCGACUUGACUGCAGGAAGAAGGUGUCCAUGAUGACAACUUUAAACUACCAGCAGUAGCCCGGAGGUCGACGCUACCUGCCGGAGUUAUUCAGCAGAAAUGCUCCUGAGUCCUCGCCGCGUCGAGUUUCGUCUUCGUCUGGGAGUAGCGUAGCGGGCUAACGUCAGCUAGCUGCACGGCUAGCAUGAACCGGGGCCGCCGCUGCUUUUGUUUACAGCCAGUCCUGGUGACGGGCCUGGAGAGGCGUGUUAGCUAACCCGCUACCCCAGCUGCUUCGCGGAGGGUGUCACCGUCAGCCCGCACCUCCACCACCGGGGAGGUCCGUCCGAAGCGCCGCCACCUGAGGGUGAUGGAAGUGUCCUCUCAGGAUCCACCCCUCAUGGCUAUGGACCUGUCAAAGAGCUACCACCCCCGGACCCGCAGCCACACCGAGGCCAUGGAUCUGGCCAAGAAGCCCGAGUGGUACCACAGACGCCCACCGAGCUGCAGCACAGACAUCGCCUCCUCGUACAGGUCCAGAGCCUCGUCCUCCUACAACUCUCUCUCCACUCAGCCGGGCGCUCCGGUCCACUGCAGGGACAUGGAGCAGGGCCCCGAGUCUCUGGGGAACUACAUGAAUUCAACACUAGCUCCUGGACUGGAUCUGUACCGUGACGGAGUUCACGGCAACCUUUGGCAUUCGGGUUUCUACGGGCCCGACCAAAGCGGGGGCCCAGUUCCUGAAAGCAGCGGCGGAGAGGAGAGCGACAGCGGCUCCGACGUCAUUUUCCUCGUUUCCUCGGCAAAGGAGCCGCUCUUAUGUGGUUCUUUCAUCCAGGACAACGUGAGGCAUAUCGUGGAGCCUCUGUCUCCUGCCGUGUCCUCGCUGGAUGAAGGCAGAGGUUGCUAUCACCUACCUCAGCCGCUGAGCUCGCCCAGUCCUGACAGCUCUUACUCAGAAGACUCUUCGGACAGCUCAGUGGACAUUCCUGUUCACCAUGCCAGGCCUGUGGUGCUCCUGUCGGACCUCAGUGCUGUUUACAGCAACCCUGCUGAAUCUGCGCUGGAUAUUUCAAGCGAUGACAGCGAUGUUAUCGAAGUUUCAGCGAGCAAUGAGAACAAGAAAAGCCACCGUUGUAAGAAAACUCCACCUCAGAGCGAGAGUGAAAAAGCUCAGAACGGCAAAGUGCGACGCAGCAGCAGAAUCAGAAAAUCUGUGUCCGACAUGCCUCAGUUCUCCUGCGGCGCGUCUCGGCAUAGUUUGAGGAGACAAGUCAAAAACGAUGCUGUGGGUAUAUAUAAUGAAAGCUGUGACUCUGAUGACUUUAUGGAGUAUGCGCUAAGGUUGUCCAGCUCAGACGAGUCGGUCUCACAACCAAAUCUGUUGCAAAGAGCGAGCAGCAAUUCUGAGGAGUCUGAUGUGGACGUCCGGACCAACAGCAAGUCACCACAGAGGAAGGAGCAGCAGCCAAGCAGCAAAGCUUCGUAUACAAAAAGCAUUAAUCACAAACGAACGAAGCCACUGACUGUCCCUAAAACUAAAAAGCUUAGAAGAACCAAGCAAACACAGAACAGCAGAACCCCGCCACCACCACCACCACCACCACCACCACCACCACAACCACAGAAGGCCUCGGCCUGCAGGAGCUCAGCAGCUAACAAAAAGACUGUUGUAAGACGAAAGAGAAAAAGACAUCCUCAGACCGGACCUUCAGCUCUGUUUUCUCCCAGAGAGCCGGAGAUCAAGCUCAAAUAUCUAACUGCUAAAGAGGACAAAAAGGACAAGAAAUCAGACAGUUUCUGCCCGUUUGUUCACAUGGAGAAGAAGAUAUGUACGGUGGUUAACUACCAGGAGGAGGAGGCGACAGUCCGGAGCAGCAGAGGAGGACAGCAGCAGGCAGCUGCCAGGUCUCUGUCUGGGUUUGUUCCCAACACGUCCUGCUUCCAGCUGGGCCGGCUCAGCUCGGACAGCAGGUGUCAGUCUGCGCAGCUUUGCUGCCUGUGUGGCCAGACGGCAAAUGCUAUGGGCCUUGGGGACCUCCACGGCCCGUACUACCCCACCGGCACAUCUGUGGAUGGUCAGAACUGCAGGACUGAGCAGAAGGAGGAUGUAAAUGGACUCUCUAACAGCCAUUCGGUAAACUCCUCAGAAGACGACUGUGCUGCUGUUAAAAGCCACUCUUCCUCAAAGGUGCCUCUUCAUCUGGAUGAGUGCUGGAUCCAUGAGGACUGCGGCAUCUGGUCCGCCGGUGUCUUCCUGGUCAGAGGAAAGCUGUAUGGGCUGCAGGAGGCAGCCCGGCUCGCACAGGAAACAAUUUGUUCAUCCUGCCAUCAAACAGGCGCAAUAAUGGGCUGUUUCCAGAAGGGUUGCCCCGGGAAUUAUCACUACAAAUGUGCCAUUCAGUCAGCCUGUGUCCUGAACGAAGAGAACUUCUCAAUGAGAUGUCCAGAGCACAAGAACAAACCGUUCACAAGUGCAACCAGACAACACAAGAGAUGACACAGAAGACACAUGGGGGCAGUGGAGAAAGAUCCUCAGAUCUCCUCAGGGUGCGACUGGAGCUGCCUGAAUUCACCUCAGCUGUUUUGUAACACUAAUUAAUGUGUGUGCUCGAGCAGAAGGCAAACCUUCUGGUCUUUAACACAGGCAGUUUCACCAACUGGACUGAGCCGUGAUGGUGAUUGUGUGUUUUUAUUCCACUUCUUGACGACCCACACUUGGACUAGCCGCAUCACAAAGACCGUUUAUUGUUUAAGCAUAUAUUAGAGUUUAACUGAUCUUUAUCGAUCUGUUGUAUAGGACAUAAUAUCUUUAUAUGAGGCCACUUUUUUGCUACAGUUUUUGUACUACUUUUCUAUUCCUGUUAGGGCUUCAGUCACCACAUAAUUUAUGUUCCUCAAGUUGCAUGCACAGUUGCUACAAUGCACUUUACAGUAUAAUUUUAUUAUCUCAGCUGUUAUUUAUCUCUUUCUGUUCUUCCUUUUUUCUACUAAAAUUAUUUAAAUUUAAUAUAAAGCUGCACUAAGCUAAGAGUUACAUAAAAACAUGUGUACUUUCAGUCUAAAUCUCAAAGAACAUCCCAUCCUCGCUAACUGAGACCACAGACUGUACAUUCAUCAUAUUCAAGCGUAUUACUUUUCAUCACUGGUGUCGGGUUUGGGCUCUUCUCUGCUUUCAGGAUGUGGAAACUUAACGUCCCAAAAAGAGCAGCAGCAAAAAGAACUUAAGUGAUUAGUGGUGAUGUUACUUUAUAAAGAGAUUUCAGAAAAUGUGAAGUUAAAGGGUCACUUUAACCAAAUCACAAAGCAGUCACUCCACUAGAGUAGUUUUUAGAGGUAUGCUGAAUUCACCUUUAGCAGCUCCUGUUUGUAAUGUAUGAAUGAGUGAAUGAAUGGUUUUAUUUUGGUUACAAGAUUAUAGUACAGUAAUUUCAUUUUGUGAGUUCAGAAAAAUAUAUUAUCCAUUCUUGCAGGAAGCUUUUUUUUCUCUUUUUCUUCUUCUUCCCUUCUUUCCCUCCCCUCUUUCCUCCUCCCCUCACAAAAAAGAAAGGAUGAAAAAGAAAAAAAAUGUACUAAUAUAUGUAUUAAAUAAACUGUCAGUGGGUCACUUUGCCGCUGAGGAAAAUGUAAAAACAGGAUGAUAUCAGGCAACUUCAGGAGCUGUAAGUGUUUCUUUAAUGAUUUCCAGCCGUGGACACACCAGACAAUGAGAUCCUUGGGAAGUUAACCUUCGAAACCUCAAGCAGUUUCUGGGCUUUUUUUUCUGCGUAGUAGUUCCAGUGCCAUAAAUGACCAAAAAAUGAUAAAGAUAACAGCUUUUUACUGAAGCUCUUUACAUUUUUCCCAAUGCCCACAGACGUUACUAAUACUGGAAAAAAAAACUUUAGUGUUUCUACAUACUAUAGAUAUUUCACUAUUUAGAUUUUUAAUCCGCCUCCAUCCUUCAUCUCUUCUCUGCUCUGUGGAAACACAGCCUGCAGUUGAGUUGAAAAGUCACAGAAUUUUUGUCUCGUGACUGUUGGUCACAGAUGAGUUACUCAUGGCUUCCUGGUUGUGCCGAGGAGCUCUGAAUUUUUCGUUUUUUACAGAAUUUGGGUCAAGCACAGGGUUAAUUUUUAAAUGUGAUGUGUAAAGUGAUUGUAAUGAAUUAUCACAAUUUUUAAGCUGAGAUGUAGUUGUUUUUUUCCCAAUAGAACUGCACAUCACAGGUGUGUAGUCAGUGGAUUGUUGAAGUGUUGCAAGUUCUUACCAUUUUAAAUUUUUUUUUUUUUUAAAGCUACCAUACCUCUCAAACCCACCUGGGACUUUUGGGGUUCAAAGGCUUAAUGGGAAUUAAACCAGUCUAGAGUAAACCGAGUGACAUCAAGUCUUAAAGUCUUGAGUUCCAUGUCUGCAGGUUCAGAUUUGAACUGGAAAAGGAGUGUGAUUUUAGGUGCAAAUUGCAGAAGCAAGUCGCUAAAGGUUUUUAAAUACCUAAACUGUCUCCAUGAGUUGAUGGUGUUGCUAAGCAGCCGACGUACUAUACUCGACAACAUGCUGUUUUUAAACCCUAAACACAGAUCUGAAUGUGAACUGUUCUCUCUCUGAUCUUCUGCUACUAGAUUUUAAGAUGCUCUGCUUCUUUGCUUUUUGUUUCUGCAAAAUCAGACUCUGAAUAAAUUCUUAAAAGGACCAUAGAAUGAUUUGAAACAUGCUGUUGUGAUUUGGGUGAACUGACCCUUUAGUAUAUUUCAUCAGUCGUUGCUGUGUGGAGUAUUUCAGCUGUGUUUCACUUCACAUGAGUCGUAACUGGACUAAGAUGUUUAAAAAGAGAAGCUAAUGGUCAGUUUCAUGUCUGCACUUUCUAUUAUUUGGGGAAUAAAAGGAUGAUGUUAUUUAAUAAAA